AUGACAGCGCCGCGCGUGGAGACGCGUCACUAUCGGAAACACCGGCCAGAGCAGGCGGAUGAGCUGAAGCAGAACAACAGGCAGCGUGAGCUGGAGCUGGAGGCUGCGGAGGAGGAGGCGCUCGCGCAGCGGGUGGAGGUGGUGGUGCAGGCGCGCGUGGCAGCGGCUGUGGGCGGCGAGGAGGUGCUGGCGCGUGUGGCGGCGCGGCUCAAGGAGGAGCGCGCCAAGCUGGAGGAGCGGGUGACUCGCCAGCUGGACAUGGAGCGCAAGAUGCUGCUGGAGAGGAAGCGGCGGGAGGAUGCGGAGCGGCGGCAGGCGCAGGAACAGAUGGAGCGCAUCAUUGAGGAGAACAAGCGCAAGGUGGAGGAGGCGCAGCGCAGGGCGGCAGAGGCGGUGGCGGAGCAGCAGGGGCUGCCCAAGCCCGCGGCUGUGCCCGUACGGCGGAAGCAGGGCCUCAUCAUUGUGGACGACUGA